UGUUGAAUGGUGUUUAUGUGAAGUGUAGUGCAUGCUGCAGGUUUAAAUAGUUCUCCUCUGUUCCGUUUGUUCUGCUGUAUCGUGAUGUGAUGCUUUUUUAAAGACGAAGAAGAAGAAGAAGCUUCGAGCAGGAGACUCAUGUCUGGUUUCAGCGCCGAGCUCAUUGACUACCUGGAGGGCAGGAUCACUUUUGAGGAGUUCGACAGAAGGAGAGACGAGCGGAAAGCCAAGGAGUCCGGGGCAGUAACUGAAGAUGUGGAGGAUGAUGCUCAGCCUUCCACCUCGACACAACCCGAAGGAAAAAUUGAGGACGGCGUCAGCCCAGGAGUCCAGCUGGCCUUCGCCUCCAUGCUGGGAGAAACAGCAGAGCAGCCGUCGUCUGAGGCAGAGGACGAAGAGGAGGAGGACAGUCUGAGCUAUGUUGAUGAUGAAGAUGAUAAGGAUUACAAUGCAGAGGAGGAGGAAGAGGGGCGAAAGGUGGAGACAGAGAAGAAGCAGAGGAGAGGAGGGAAAGGAGGGAGGAGGAGACAGAAGCAGAGAGCUGAGGAGGAGGAGGAGGAGGAUGCAGAAGAUGUGACGGUGGGAGACGUGUUUGCUCUGGAGAUGGAGCUGAACCGAGAAAACAAGAAAAUGAUGAAGGGGCGGCGUCAUGGCAGCAAGCUGCCUCGGGCUCUCAGAGGCCUGAUGGGAGAAGCCAACAUACGCUACGCCAGAGGAGAGAAGGAGGAUGCCAUCUUGAUGUGUAUGGAAAUCAUCAGGCAGGCUCCUCUAGCCUACGAACCCUUCUCUACACUGGCCAUGAUCUACGAGGACGAUGAGGACAUGGACAAAGCGCUGCAGUUUGGUCUGAUUGCCGCCCACCUCAACCCGUCAGACUGUGAGGAGUGGAUCCGUCUGGCCGAAAUGUCUCUGGAGCAGGACAACAUCCAGCAGGCCAUCCUCUGCUACACCAAAGCUAUAAAGUACGACCCCACCAAUGUGCGCUACCUGUGGGAGCGCUCCAGCCUCCACAUGCGCCUCGGAGACCACAAGCAGUGCAUGGACGGAUACCGCAGGAUCCUGUCUCUGCUGCCGCUGGAGGACGGAGAGCACUUCAUGCAGCUGUCCAAGGACAUGGCCAAGAGCUACUAUGAGAGCAACGACCUGCCGUCGGCGCUGAGCGUCAUCGAGGAAGCUCUGGCGCGACAUCCUGUCCUGGUCAGCGACGACUUCAUCAACAUGGCGGCGGAGCUCUACAUCGCCAACCGGCAGCACAGCAAGGCCCUGCAGGUCUUGGUCCAGUUUGCAGGUAUUGUUUUGGUCAAAACUGAGUCCACAUUCAACGUCUCUGCACCAACACAAGAGAAGAAAGUGUCAGAGAAGAUGGAACAGGAGACGAAGAAUGACGACAGCCUAAAGUCAAAAACUGCAGAAGACAUGGCAGCAGAGGAGAACAGCGCUAUUCAGGAUGUCCAGGUACCCGACAGCGUCCCAGUGGACCUGAGAGCCAAGCUAAUCGUCUGCCUCAUACACCUGAAUGUCUACACACCCCUGGAGGGCUUGGUGUCGGUGCUGAUGGAGCAGAGUCCAGAGGAGAUCGGUGACUUGUACCUGGACAUAGGUGAAGCCUACCUGGAGCAGGGGGAGUACAUGUCUGCUCUCCCGCUGCUGUCUGCCCUCAUCAUAUCUGACAAGUACAACCUGGCUGUGGUCUGGCUGCGACAUGCAGAAUGUCUGAAGGCUCUGGGCCACAUGGAGGCAGCAGCACAGAGCUAUUCGAAGGUGGUGCAGAUGGCUCCGCAGCACCUGGAGGCCCGGCUGUCCCUCGCAACGCUGCAGCAGCAGCUGGGCCGGAUGGACUGCGCCCUGAAGGCGCUGGAGUCCAUGUAUGAUAGUGACACACUGGCACAGGAUUCGUCAGCUGCACAGAAGGAGUUGAAGCUGCUGCUGCAUCGCUCCACACUGCUGAAGACACAAGGCCAGGUGCAGGACUACCUGGACGCUAUGAUGACCAUGAUCUCAAUGCUGCUGAAGGUGGCCAUGCAGCGAGCUAAGGUGUGUUUGUGCUCUGUGGUCAUGUCGGGCCAGACUCACCUGAGGCUGGUGAAGGUAGAAGACAUGCUGCCAGAGAUUGCUGACCAUGAGACGGCCUACCUGGACAACACUGGUAAAACCAACGUUCUGUCCAGAGAGGACUGGUGGCAGCUCCUGGUGAGCUGCGUGCUGACCCUGUGCGAGGUGCAGCGCUACGAGGAGGCCGAGCUGCUUGUGGAAUCCGCCAUGGAGUUUUACUCUUUCUACGAUAACAAGCCCAGGAGGAAGGAACUGGAGUUCUUCGGCCUGUCCGCCACCAUCCUCGACCACAACUACUACAAAGCAUACAACUACAUCAGAUUGAUGCUGAUGGAGAAUGUGGAUCUGCCACAGCUUUGGAAUAUUUUCAACCAGCUGACGAUUACCUCCCAGCACCAGCGUCACCAUCGCUUCUGUCUGCGACUGCUGUUGAAACACCCAGACAACCACGCCUUAUGUGUCCUCUGCGGACACAACGCCAUGGUGUCCGGGAGCUUCAAACACGCUCUAGGUCAGUACGUCCAGGCUUUCCAGACUCACCCCAACAACCCGCUGCACAGUCUGUGUGUGGGUCUGACCUUCUUCCACAUGGCGUCUCAGAAGUAUGUCGGCAAACGACACACGUUGGUGCUGCAGGGCUUCUCCUUCCUGUGGCAGUAUGUGGAGCUGCGAGGAGAGUGUCAGGAGACGAUGUACAACCUGGGCCGAGCGCUGCACCAGAUGGGCCUCACACAUUUAGCCAUCCAUUACUACCAAAAGGCACUGAGACUACCUGCACAGAAGCUGGAGGGUAUCGAAGACGAUCAGGUCGAUCUGAGCAGGGAGAUCGCCUUCAACCUGUCCCUCAUCUACCAGGCCAGUGGAAACAUGGAGAUGGCCCGACAGCUCAUCAACACACACUGCAUUGUUUGAGAUUUCACACAAGUCUUAUCACACGUUCCUCUUCUUCACCAGCGUUUCUGAUGUUUGAGCUUUGAGGCUCCGGUUCAGUUCUGGCAACGCAGUCACCAGAAACUCAGAAGGUCUUCUGCAGAAAUGAACAUAUACGUUGGUAAAUGAUGAAAUAUUACUGAAGUAAAUAAAUACACAGCUGUAGAAAAUACCAGAUCAAACCCCAGAACAAAUACCUGUAUACUGGUUACUGUGUAGUACAUUGUGAACAACAGUUUACACACUCUUGUACCAACUGUGCAUAUCAUGGCAGCUUUGAGCUUCCAAUGACAACAGCUUUUAAUUUUUUAUAAUGGAACAACUGGAACAUGUGUUUUUGUCACAAAAAACAAUCAUGGAUUUAGUUUCAUGGAUAAAUACACACACAGCGCCUUGAAUUAUCACUUCUGAUGAUGUUGAUAUCGUAGAAAAUGAGGAAUUGCAGGAGUCAUUGGAAACCCCAGGGUGCAAAGAUACGCAUGCCCUGUUCAAGUGUGUGUAAAGUUUUGUUCACAACUGUGUAAAUGAUUCUUAUUUCCGCAUGUCUUCAUUUAUUUCUCUAUAUUAGUGUUCAGAGGAGAUUUGUUCCAACUGCAUCGUACAACAUGCAUGAACAUGGCAUCACUUCAGCUGUAUUAUUAUUGCUUUGCUAGAAAUGUAUGAAACAGAGCUGACGUCUCCUGAUUUAAGCCGUCUGCUCUGCAGUGUGACCACCAAACACAGGAACAGAUAAAUACCUGAAUACAUUUAGAACAUAAAAGUAGAAAGGAUGAAACGGACAAAUCUUGAAGCAGAAAAAAACUAAAUUUGUAGAAACGAAUGAUGUACG